CACAACGGCAGCUGGGUCUCCCGGAACGCCAGCGAGCCGCGCAACGCGUCGGGCGCCGAGGCGGCGGGCGCCAACCGCAGCAGCGCUCUCGGGGAGCUGGGCGAGGCGCAGCUGUACCGCCACUUCACCACCGCCGUGCAGGUCGUCAUCUUCGUAGGCUCGCUGCUCGGAAACUUCAUGGUGUUAUGGUCAACUUGCCGCACAACCGUGUUCAAAUCUGUCACCAACAGGUUCAUUAAAAACCUGGCCUGCUCGGGGAUUUGUGCCAGCCUGGUCUGUGUGCCCUUCGACAUCGUCCUCAGCAGCAGUCCUCACUGUUGCUGGUGGAUCUACACCAUGCUCUUCUGCAAGAUCGUCAAAUUUUUGCAUAAAGUCUUCUGCUCUGUGACUAUCCUCAGCUUUCCUGCCAUUGCCUUGGACAGGUACUACUCAGUUCUAUAUCCUCUGGAGAGAAAAAUAUCUGAUGCCAAGUCCCGGGAACUGGUGAUGUACAUCUGGGCCCAUGCAGUGGUGGCCAGCAUUCCAGUGUUUGCAGUGACCAAUGUGGCCGACAUCUACGCCAUGUCCACCUGCACCGAAGUUUGGAGCAACUCCUUGGGCCACCUGGUAUACGUUCUGGUCUAUAACAUCACCACGGUCAUUGUGCCUGUGGCUAUGGUCUUCCUCUUCUUGAUACUGAUUCGACGGGCCCUGAGUGCCAGCCAGAAGAAGAAGGUCAUCAUAGCAGCACUCCGGACUCCACAGAACACCAUCUCUAUCCCCUACGCCUCCCAGCGGGAGGCCGAGCUGCACGCCACCCUGCUUUCAAUGGUGAUGGUCUUCAUCUUGUGUAGCGUGCCGUAUGCUACCCUGGUUGUCUACCAGACUGUGCUCAACAUCCCUGACACUUCUGUCUUCUUGCUGCUCACUGCCAUCUGGCUGCCUAAAGUCUCUCUGCUAGCAAACCCUGUGCUCUUUCUUACUGUGAACAAAUCUGUCCGCAAGUGCUUGGUAGGGACCUUAGUACAGCUACACCACCGGUACAGUCGCCGUAACGUGGUGAGCACAGGGAGCGGGCUGGCCGACGUCAGCCUGGAGCCCAGUGUGCGCUCAGGAAGCCAGCUGCUGGAGAUGUUCCACAUUGGGCAGCAGCAGAUCUUUAAGUCCACGGAGGAUGAGGAGGAGAGCGAAGCCAAGUAUGCUGGCUCUGCUGAUCUCCAGGCCAAGGAGAUACUUAGCACCUGCCUGGAGGGAGAGCAGGGGCCACAGUCUGCGCCCCCUGUGCCACCUCUGGGCACAGUGGACUCUCUAUCCCAGGUGGCUUCAGCAGCCCCUGUGGAACCUGAGAUAUUCCCUGGCAAGUAUUCCCUUCAAUUUGGUUUUGGUCCUUUUGAGUUGCCUCCCCAGUGGCUCUCAGAGACCCGGAACAGCAAAAAGCGGCUGCUGCCCCCCUUGGGUAACACCCCAGAAGAGCUGAUCCAGACAAAGAUGCCAAAGGUAGGCAGGGUGGAGUGGAAGAUGAGUAGAAACAAUAAAGUGAGCAUCUUUCCAAAGGUGGAUUCCUAGUAAGGAUUGAAAACCCCUGGGAGCAGCAGGGAGCUCCCCUACUCUGGCCUGCCCUUCGCUCUGGCCCUGUGAUUUGUACGAUCUCAUUGCAACCAGAAUGGGUUGACUUUUCCUGGCUGGGCCAGAUGCUUUUGAAUGAGAGGGAAAUCUAUUUGAAGUCAAUGUCUUUUUAUUGAGAGAGUAUAUAUAUACUUAUCUCAGUGAUUCAUGUCCUUAGUAAGUCCAUUUUCCUCUUUGUGGAGACAAAAGUUGGGCAUUGUGGACUAGGUCUUGGGGUGGGUACCCCAUGUGUGUUUUCUGGGGACCCUCAGUUCUCGUAGUCCAGCAGAGAAUACACAGAGAGAAAAGGCAUCCCUGAGCUCAAAGGAGCAGGGCCACUCCAAGGGAAGCCCAAGAUAACUAUGGAGUGGUGUGGACACAAAGAAAAUGCCUAUUUGAUGGACUUAAGUAUGUCAAAUAUAUUUAAAAUUGAUCUGUACCUUCAGGGAAGAUAGGGACUUGACAUUUGACACCUUUUCUUUAGAAGGCCCGAUCAUAGGUCUCGCAGUUCCUCCCAAUGCCCGUCAUCCUUUUCACUGGGAUGUGGAUAAGGAACGGCCCUUCUGCCCACAUUUGACAGACAUGGCAGUAGACGUGCCUGGUGGUGAGAUGAUCUAUCGUUGGUUUUCCUGACAUUCCCAGGCAUCACUAUGGCCUCAGAAAGACAUGUCUGCAGGUUUGGUUAGAAAACACUGCAAGCUCUUUACUAUGUAUUCCCUCCCUUAUGUUAUUUUAUUUAUUUAUUUAUUUUCAACAAAUGAGAGAGAAGCUGCGAGGUAGAGAAGAAAGACACUGUAGUCUUGUCCACACACUGUAGUCUUUUCUGUUCCCACUUGAUCUUGCCUGAAAGGUGCUACAUAGCAGUCAUUAGAAGUAACGUAUAUUGAAAAAAAUGAUCUCAUGCAAACUUUUGUAAUUCAGAGGUGAUUUUAAAAUGCAAAGCUAGUGUAUACUGGGUCCCCUGGAAACAUCAAGCUAAACUGCUUGAUUAGGAAAGGUGGUUCUGCCCAAAAGGGUGGGAGAGGCUGACAAGAAUGGUCCCCUUCUGAGGAGGGCUCCAGACACCGGCUGGCCAAUCUCAUUUUCAGUCCGUUUAUGCAAUUGUGAUUUCUCCCUUCAUUUUGGACACAAAGGAGGAACAGAACAGGGAAAAAGAAUUAAUCGUAAAAUGCCAUGGCAACAUCUAGUAGCCCAGGUGAGCUCUCCAAUUCCUCUUUCCCAGAGUGGAUAGAAGAGGGAAGACAGUGUCCUCAUGACUAGACCCUGGGGGCGCUCCCAGGCCAUUCAAGGCCUCUCAUGCAGUUCACCAGGCUGAAUGCAAACUGCAGAGGACACCUCACUCCUCCGGAGUGCAAACUGGGUGCCGGCCGCUCUCUCUCGGGCAUUGUUUUUGUUAAUAGUAUGCAAGGGAGCCCAUCCAGUGCCUUGAGAAAGGAAAGUGGGCCUGCUCACCGCAUCCCCGAAGCCAUCCUCUCCUUAAGCCACACUGGUCCUUGUCCCUUGGAGGCAGCCCAAGACUGUGUAAGGAGUCGCCUUUUCCUCUCCUCUCCCGAGUGUGAUGUCUUAUAAUUCCUGACUGUGACCCUGACCCUUCCUCUGUGUGUUUUGUCUCCUCCAAGUGUUGUGUUCUCCGGGACUGCCACUCCCUCCCCAGGGCCGCCGCCUCCGGACCCUGUGUGCAUGCCAUCUGCAGCUCCUUGCCCUGAUAGUUAAUACGUGGCCCUUCAAGCUUAUCUUUCAAAACCUGCACAAUUGCUGCAACUUUCGUCAAGGGGAAACAUAAUCUGUCAGAAAACUUGUGUCUACUCUAGAAGAAUCUGUCAAUUGUAGCCACUUUGGUGUCGUUCUGAUAAUGUGUAUGUACAACUGAAUAAACUCUGAUGAGGCGGAAUUUGGAAGGUAUUUCUUCUGUAUGUUUGAAGCAAAUGGUUGACUUCUAACAGGUCAUUGUCGGGUGUAUUUCUAUACAUACUCUCUGAAGCAUUACGUUUUAAUAAAAAAUUGAAAAGCAGUUUCUGAACUCAAAAAA